AGCCAAACCCGCCAGCCUAAAACUACUUUAGAGUUUCGACCUUAGCCAAAAGCCUCAUUAUCUGUUUCUCCUGGCUCACAUUGUUCUCUCUUCUUACAAGUACUUCCGUAAGUUCCGUCUCCUUCAACAUAAGUAUUGUUGAAUUGGUCAUACAGGCAUAAGCAGUUGGUGUGUCAAGGUCAAACGUCCAGCCCAAUUGCAGAUAUGGCUAAAGCCAAGUUGUACAUAGUGUAUUACUCGUUAUAUGGUCAUGUUGAGACUAUGGCAAGGGAAGUGCAACGGGGGGCUAAUGCAGUUCAAGGUGUUGAAGCAACACUUUGGCAGGUACCUGAAACAAUAUCCAAUGUAAUACUGCAAAAGAUGAAGGCACCUGCUAAAGCAGAUGAUGUACCAGAGAUUAGGCCAGAACAGCUUAUAGAUGCUGAUGGUUUUCUCUUUGGGUUUCCUUCUCGUUUUGGUGUCAUGGCAGCUCAGUUCAAGGCUUUCUUUGAUGCUACUAGUGAGCUGUGGGAACGCCAAGCACUUGCUGGAAAGCCUGCUGGCAUCUUCUGGAGUACCGGUUUCCAUGGGGGAGGUCAGGAGCUUACAGCAUUAACUGCUGUGACACAGCUAGCACAUCAUGGUAUGAUAUUUGUCCCUCUUGGAUACACUUUCGGCAGUGGCAUGUUUGAGAUGAAUGAGGUAAAGGGUGGCUCCUCUUAUGGAGCUGGCACUUAUGCAGCCGACGGAUCCCGUGAACCCACCGAGCUAGAGCUCCAACAGGCCUUUCACCAAGGCAAAUAUGUUGCAGAAAUAGCCAAGAAACUCAAGAACAAGCCCCUUUCAGCAUAAAACACAACUUCAAGAAGAAGUAGAAUCUCAGAAUGCAAAGACAAUGUGAAGAAUAUUUCCGCACAGGCUAACAAAAGAAAAGACAGCUACUACUUAACUAAAGAUGAUGGAUUUUGUAGCUUGAGCUUGCAUUAUAGCGUCCGGAUCCAAUAAUAAAUAUAUAUAUGCAGCAUCGAAUCAUAUAUCUUCUGGUUUGAUUGUUUUAAUGUUUAUGUGUGUGUGUGUGUGUGUGUAUGUGUGUGUGUGUUUGGGUUCAAAUCUAGCUAAGAAGCUGACAUGCCUACUGCCAAAUGGUAAUAAGAUUCCCCAACCUCAUCAAGUUUUCUGAUCAAUCUUUCUUGUUGCCAUCCCUCAGGCCUCAAGGGAAAUGAACAUGUUAUCAACCUCGAUUACGUCUGCCAUGUUGAAUAACUUACCCAAGAAAUUGAACUAGUGGAAGAUGAUGUUGUAGGAUGCCUUUCUUUAUUGCUUCACCGAAUAUUCAAUCACUCAAAGUUCUUGAUAUUAUUCCUUUAA